UCCGGUCAUCAUAAUGACGUCAAUUGAUACGCCAGCUAGUAAACUUUCCAUCUAAACAACAUUAUUAAAUGUAAUUUUAAUUAUUGUAAUUAUUGUUAUUCUCAAGGAAACCUAGUUUAAUUUCGUGUUAUGAGCAUUUAUAUUCACCAUGGCAGACUUUUUCAAAUCAGCAUUAGGUGGAAUUAUAGGAAGUGGACAAAAUCGUGAAGGCAAUGAUUUUGUUGGACAACUUGUUGAACUUGGCAACCAAAAACUAAGAGUGAAACGUCUUAUUGCCGAGGGUGGAUUUGCAUUUGUCUUUGUAGCACAAGACAUCACAACUGGAAAGGAAUAUGCUUUAAAGAGGCUUCUGGCUAAUGAUCAGGAAAAGAACAAAGCUGUAUUGGAAGAGAUCAAAUACUUGAAAAAACUUUCAGGACAUCCAAAUAUCAUCAACUUUAUAUCAGCUGCUUCCAUUGGCAAUGACCAGUCAGAUCAUGGACAGUCAGAAUAUCUAAUUCUAACUGAGCUUUGUUCAGGUCAGCUUAUUGAUGAGCUAAACAGACAAGGGAAGCCACUACCAUUUGAGGAUGUGUUGCGUGUGUUCUACCAGACAUGUAGAGCUGUUCAGCACAUGCACAAACAGAAACCACCAGUGAUACACAGAGACUUAAAAGCAGAAAACUUGUUGAUUAGCUCACAAGGUGCUAUCAAACUUUGUGACUUUGGCAGUGCCACGUCAGAGACUCACUCUCCAGACAGUUCCUGGUCAGCUAUAAAGAGAAGUCUGGUUGAAGAUGAGAUCACCAAAAACACCACCCCUAUGUACAGAGCGCCAGAGAUGCUUGAUUUGUACCAAAACUAUCCUAUCAAUGAAGCAUGUGAUAUUUGGGCUUUAGGCUGCUUAUUGUUUAAAUUGUGUUUUUAUGAUCACCCUUUUGAAGAUUCAGCAAAACUGCGCAUCAUUAACGCAAAUUAUGUUAUACCUGAAUCUGAUAGAGAAUAUGAAUUAUUUCACGAUCUCAUUAGGGGUAUGCUUACAGUGAAUCCUGAAGAUCGCCCAACAAUAAACGACAUCUUAGACAGAUUACAAGAAAUUGCGCAGGCGAGAAGUAUCAGCUUAAAAGAACCCCUGAUGUUUGUUAAGAUGGCCCACCAGUCGCCACCAGAUACACCAGAAAGAAGACAAGGCUAUGGCCACCCAUCUGCUAACAAUGAGAGCAGCUUUGGUGUUGGAUCAACUGCUGGCUCUCUGUUCAACUCUCUUAAAGGGGGAGCUGGCAGCAUGUUUAAGAAUAUCAAAGAUGCUUCCAGUAAAGUCAUGGAAACAGUCACAAAUACAAUCAACAAAACAGACCUGGAUAUAUCUUACAUAACUUCUAGGCUUAUAGUUAUGUCAUACCCUGCCGAAGGGAUGGAAUCUGCAUUUAAAAACAGUAUAGACGAUGUUAGGAAUUAUCUGGAGUCACGGCACAGGGGAUCAUAUGCAGUGUACAAUUUAAGUCAGAGGGGAUACCGCGUGGCCAAGUUUGAAAAUAGGGUGUCUGAAUGUGGAUGGCCCCCUAAGAAGGCUCCACCGUUGGCAACUUUGUUUGCAAUAUGUAAAAAUAUGCAUUUAUGGUUGAGACAGAAACCCAAAAAUGUUUGUGUUGUUCAUUGUCUGGAUGGUAAAUCCAAUUCUGCCUGUGUUAUUGGAGCAUUUGUAACUUUUUGUCGCUUGUUUGAAAAUGCAUCUGCUGCCAUGCAUUUGUUUACUGCUAGACGAUCCCAACCUGGGCUUAGCCCAUCACAGAAAAGAUAUAUAGACUAUGUAGGACAAAUGGUAUCUGACACACCAGUAUUUCCUCAUUCUCUGCCUGUACUAUUGAAGUCAAUAACACUGAGACCUUUGCCCUUAUUUAAUAAAAUGAAAAAUGGUUGUACACCUUUUGUUGAAGUUUACGUUGGAGAAGAUAGAGUGUAUACCAACUCCCAAGAAUAUGAAAAAAUGAGACAAUACACAUUAGAAGAUGGAAGAGCUGUUUUACCAAUCAACACAUCAGUGACUGGAGAUGUAACUAUUGUAGUGUACCACGCACGUUCCACAUUUGGUGGGAAGAUACAAGGCAAAAUUACAUCCAUGAAGAUAUUUCAAGUCCAGUUUCACACUGGUUUUAUCAAGGAAGGAGUCAGUGAGUUGCAGUACAAUCAGUAUGAUCUGGACCAGCUUGACACAGCAGACAAGUAUCCUGACCUGUUCUCAGCUACCAUUGAUCUGGUUGUGUCCUCCAGUGGGAAACCUCAGACAGACAAGAAGCCUUGGGAAAACUUCCCUAUUGAUAAGCUCACUCCCAAAAUACUUUUCUCUUCCAAAGACGAGAUACACCAGACUUUUUCUGAAUUUGGUGUGUCUGAUAGAGCAAAGACCCGCAUGAGCCGAGCCUCCAGUUUUGAUGCAGAGUCCCCCGUGGAAUCCCCCAGCACCCCAGUGAAACAAACCAAGCCCCAGGAGAGAAGACCUGAGCCAGCCAAGUCAUCAGUCAACGGCAACUCUUCUGGCGUGGGCCACUUCUUUUCCACCCUCACCUGGCAGGAUGAUGGGGACGAGGGGGCGGUACCUGCACAACCCACAGAGUCACACAUGGGUCUGCUGAACAACCAGUCCGACGAGGAAGAUGAUGCUUUCAACAGCUUCACUAGGAACAGAACCAAUGGAGAUGUGCCUAGCGGGUAUCAGACAAUCACCGACAAUGAUGGGAAGAAGCCUGAGAAGAAUGUUGACCUCUUCAGCGAUGAGUUUGGAGAGCUGGCCUCUGCCCCUUCCCAGGGAGAAGUGGUGGACCUUCUCAACAUGAACACUGCUAAAUCUAGCCCAGUGGAUGCUGCUUCCAACCACAUGGACCUCCUGAACAUUGGUGGUGAUCCUUCUAACGUGGAUCUAUUAAGUGGACACAGCUCCAAAGUUCCUCAGCCAGCCAACAAAGCUGAUCCAGACAUACUGGGAAUGUCUAGUUCAGAAGACACCUUUGACCCCUUCCAUCAGUUUUCCGCAGGUCCCUCACUGGCGACCACCAAGCCUGACCUCAUGACAUCCAACACACCAGCAUUUGAUCCAUUCCAGAGUUUCCCAUCCGGCACCUCCGCUGCUGUCCCACCGAGCAUGUCCACGUCGCACCAGCCUACAACAGACGAUGACUUCUUCGCAUUCAUGGAAGACACAAAGUCUGCAAAGAAAGACGCUGAGCCAGACCUCAUGACGAGCUGGAAUGCGACUGACAUUAAAAAUUUAGCUGGCAUUUCCAAGCCUUCCCCCACCCAUAACCUGACUCCUGGGGUAGGAGGUAUGCAUAAAAGUGCCAGUACAGGGUCGGCUAUGAAUUUCAGCAGCAUGAUGCAGGACCAGGCAGGCAGAAGUUCUCCUCAACCUGGGAUGGGCAUUGGACCCAUCCCAAAGAUGGAUCCAUUUGCUGACUUAGGAAACUUGGGGGCCAAAAAUACCUUUAAAGGUUCUGGUUCAAACUUCAGUCAGCGACCACAGCAGCCAGGUGUAGGUGGCAUAGCAGGGCCUUCUGCUGGGUUUCAGGGCUUGAGUGGCAGCCCACAGCCUCGACCAGCCUUCCAGUCACCCAUGAGCCAGCCAGUGAGGCCCCAGCAGCAGUCACCACAGCACAGGCCCCAGCAGCCACAGACCUUUCAGAAACCAAACUACUCCAGCAGUGUUAUAGGAGACAGGGAGGAUAGAGCCCCACGCAAGUCCUUUGGACCAAAACCAAAAGUUAGUGCAGACACCUUUAAUGAUUUACUUGGGGAGCAUCAGUUCACUAGUCGCAAGGACAAUGAACCCAAGACUUUGGGAGACAUGAAGAGGAAGCAAAUGGUAGAGGAGAUGGAUCCUGACAAGUUAAAGAUACUGGAAUGGACCAAAGGCAAAGAGAAAAAUAUCCGUGCUCUUCUCUGCUCUCUUGGCUCUGUCUUGUGGGAUGGGGAGGCUCGGUGGCAGCCUAUAGGCAUGCAUCAGCUGGUCACGCCUGACCAGGUCAAGAAGAUUUAUAGGAAGGCAGUUCUAUCUGUGCACCCUGAUAAGCUCACUGAUGAUCCAAACCAACCCCUAGCCAAGCUGAUAUUCAUGGAACUGAAUGACGCCUGGGCCAAGUUCGAAGAAGAGGGUUGCAAAGCAUUGUACUAAGAGCAUUUGUAGGUCUUGUAGUUGUUGCCGUAAAUUAUUCAUUUAUGCAAAUUGUAUGCAAAUUAGCAACAGCAUAAGCAUCUGCGCAGCUAAGAUGGUAGUAAUUUAUUUCAGGCUAGGCAUGUUUAAAUGCAGGUACCCUUGUGUUGUUUUUUUUAUUCACUGCUAUUUGUAAAACUUUUUUCAGAUUAGCUGAGCAUCAAUGUUGCAUCAUCAGGAUCUUUAGGAAUUUUAAAACUUUUUUUUUGUUAGAAUUGUAUUUAUAAACAUUUUAAUUUAUUAAAUUUGUGUACAAAAAACAGUAAAAAUGUGCAUUUAGUAUAGACAUAUUUCUGUAGUUAUACUUAUUAAGUAGCUUUUAUUUACAGUGAAGCUUAAUCUGUUGUAUUGUUUAAAAUUGUUUGUAAAAGCUAAAUUAAGCUAAUUAUAUUAUACUUAAAAAUGCUGUUGUCUAUUGUUAGCUGUCGCAAAAAUCAUUCAGCUAGAUAAUUCGAUUAAUUUGAAAUCAGUUCUUUUGUUUUAAAAUUUUGAUUAAUACUUUUUAAAAAUUGUACAGUAAAAAAAUCUUGAAAUUUGCUAUAUGUACCGGUAUAUUCUGAAUACUUUAUGAUAUAGUGAAUUAGUCAGAAGAGACAAUGUUACUGUAAAGUUUUUAACCAAAUACUUGUUUUAGCUCUUUUUCUUGGUUCACAGUCAUGGACUAUGUUCAAUACUUCCAGUUCUAGUUUUUAAAUUUCUUUUACUUUAUGAAUGUAAAAAAAAAAUGAAAUAUUGUAUAAAAUGAUGAACACACAAAAAAUUGCUGAGAUGAGUACUGUGAUAGAAAAUAUUAUACUCUGUGAGUGUUUUAGGAUGGUGUUGCAGUAUGAUUUGUAUGUCAAAGCUUAUUAAAGCCAUAAUUGUAAUAUACAAGCAUCUCUUGUGGACCAGAAUUUCUGCCAUCCUUAGAUUAAAUAUUUCAUAAAUACAGGUGAUGAUAUUUCUUAUGUGUACUUAAUUCUUUUUUUACUAUGUAUAUUUGAAAUAUUGUAGGAAAAUCUAUUUUGGUUUGCUUUUUUGUAUGGUUGUGUCACAUUUUUUUGUUUUGCUUCUGCUCAUUCCAUUCUAAUGUCAAACAAAUUUUAUUUUUAGCAUGGAGAGAACAUUCCUCUCAUUUUAAACACUAUUCAAAGUGUAUAGAAACAACUGCUUGUGAUAAUUUUAUUUGCUAUAAAUAGAAACGUUUUAAUAGCUAAAGGAAAGGUUUAUUUUAUUGAAAUAGAUGAGUUGAAUUUAUCAUCUUUAUAUUACUAUAUGGUAGUAUGUGUUUCUUUUACCAGAAAUCAAAACGAAUAAUUUAAAAAUUUUGUGUUACAAACUUUUUUCUAAACUAAAAUGACUAAGCAUUUGAAGGGGUCUUACUUUUUAUAAUGUAUUUUUUUAUAAGUACUGUUUUUGCUUAAUUUUGUUCUUCUAAUCCCAACUUUCAUUUCUAGAAAUAGAUUUGUGUUCAUCUAAUUUUAUUUCAUAACGGUUGUUAAAAUAUAUUCAAAGAUAUUUAAGGAAAGAAAUCAAAGCUGCUAUUUAUAUUUAAAUAAAGGAGCUACUGCUCAGUCUAAUUUUAGAAACUGCUCCAUUGGACAAGCACAAAGUCAUUUGCUCACACAACAAACCACAUACCUGUACAACUGAUUUUUUUUUUGCUUACAUUUUUGUACAACUCUAAACCCUCUAAUUUAAUUUUUUUUUUCUGACAAUUUAUGCCCAAAAUAUUUAAUGUUUUUUUAAAAUGUAAAUAUUAUCAUGAGAUUAUAUAUUAAGACAAUAAUUUAAAAUGUGGGGCAAGGUUUUAAAAAUAUAGAAAGGCAGUAUCUGUUGUUACAAUAGACUAGCUAUUAAUAAAACAAUUGUUAACUUUAAAUGUGAAUUAUUUCCCUUGAAGUUUUUAAUUACUGAUAUGUAUUCUUGAAGAGCACUGACUUAGUAACUAUUUAUUCAAGUAGUUUGAGACAUUUGUUUAAUAUUUAAGCAAUACACACUGUUUCUUCAUAUCCAGUGAUUUGUACAGAUGAAUCCAUGUGAUUUGCUGUAAUAAUCUCUACCAACACCUUUGAAUAUGUUGAUAGAUUUUAAUGGGUUUACUGUUUGUAUGUUUAGUCAUGGUAAUGCUGUUGUUUUCAUGUCAUUCUAGAGAGAAAAAUUUAGAAAAUCUAUCAAUCUUAUGAAAUUAGUCCUAAUGUAGUUUCAUUGCAUUCAUUUUGAUGUUCUAAUGCUUAGUAAUGCAAUUUUAAAUCUGGGUACAACUAAAGUACCAGUUUUAAUGUGUCACCACUGUUUAUAAAUAUUAUCUGUACUGUUUAGAAAGCAUAGAAUAUAUAUUGAGUAAUAAUUUUUUAUACUUUGUAUUGUCUUUAGUAAUUAGUUAACGAAAAACUUUGUACUUUCUGAACUAAUGGUUAGUCUUGUUAAAUAGCUAGUUAAACUCUUUCUUGUACAGUGUUUUAAUUACACAUGCUACUUCUGUUUUUUACUGCUAAUAACUUUUAACAAUCAGCAUGCCGAAACAAAAAUACCCCAGCAGUUUCACACUUCUUGUGUUAAACAGCUUGGCAUCAUUUGUAAAAACCACUAGACACAAGAUUCCUGAACAAAGUUAAGAGACAAAGAUUAAAUGUUUAAUGCAUCAAGUAGUAAAGACAACAAAAUUAGCCUGCCUUGAUCAUAGAAAUUUGUUUGUUUUUAAAACUUUUUUUUUUACAUGAAGCCUAAAAAGGUUUUUACUAAAUGCUUUUAUUUUAUAUUGUUUUUCAUGAAGGUGUAAACAUUUUGCUUUGAAUAGAAACUGUAGGAUUGUACAAACUGAUGUGUUUCUUAUUCUGUGCAAUACAUAUUGAGGGACUUAAUGUUACUGUUUGUAAAUAAAUAGCUCUAAUAU